GAGAGGAGCAGAGAGGAGCAGGUUUCGGCUUACAGCGCAUACCACACUAACAACACUAAAACACAGUGAAAUACAGGCUGGAGUACCGGGACUACACCGCCAGAUGAGCCCAACUUCGGACACUAACGGCCGCAGACUGUGGAUUGUAACAAGGAGUUUUUCUGCCCUGUAAUGUGGGAAUGCUUCCUCCUCUUUUCCCUGGUAUGUGGAUCUGGGAGCGACCAUGUUAUUAGGCAGGUGAUGAAAGGAGAAGCCGGCUGUUCUAUCCCAGCUUAAAGAAGACCCAGGAUAGAAAUUGAGAGAGAUACAUUAAGUUGGAGGGGGAUUCACCACUACCAAGGGAUCAGGAUGAACGUGCUUCUAUACCACUGACGAGCAGAACUGGAAUGAUAUCUUGACCUUUUUUCCUGGAAGUGACCAAGUUAGCGAUGAGCGGGGGGAUAUAAUGGCCAGGAACAAGGAUGCGCGCCCCCCGUCAUUCGCCGUCAGUGUGGUUGGCCUCUCGGGGACGGAGAAAGAGAAAGGAAAUUGUGGCGUUGGCAAGUCCUGCCUAUGCAAUCGAUAUAUUCGUCCUAAUGCGGACUGCUACUACUCGGAGCACACCUCAGUGCUGAGCACAAUAGACUUUGGGGGACGCGUGGUUAACAAUGACCACUUCCUGUAUUGGGGGGAGGUGUCCCAUAGAGGGGACGAUGGGUUGGACUGUAAAAUACAAGUCAUCGAACAAACAGAGUUUAUUGAUGACCAGACGUUUCUUCCGCAUCGGAGUACGAACCUGCAGCCGUAUACCAAAAGGGCGGCAACAACGAAGCUCCAGUCGGCUGAGAAGCUGAUGUACAUCUGCACGGACCAGCUGGGCUUGGAACAGGACUUUGACCAGAAGCAGAUGCCUGAUGGGAAGCUGAACAUCGACGGCUUUAUGCUCUGUAUCGAUGUAAGCAAGGGUUGCAACAGGAAGUUUGAUGACCAAAUGAAGUUCGUCAACAGCCUCUACUCCCAAAUCAUCAAGUCAAAGAAGCCCAUCGUUGUUGCUGCCACAAAAUGUGAUGAGUGUGUGGACCAGCACCUGAGGGACCUGCAGGUCUUUGUUGCCAGCAAGAAAAACCUGAUGCUAGUUGAGACGUCAGCACGCUCCAAUGUUAACGUGGAAGUCUGCUUCAAUGCCCUCAUCCAACAGCUGGACAAAGCAAGGGGGAAGCCAAAAACUGUGCCAUACCUGGAGGCCUAUAAAGUCCAACGGCAGCUUGUUGCCUCAGUAACGGAUAGAUUUGAGAAAGUGAUGGUGCACACGGUGCGAGAUUACCACACCACAUGGAAAACCGUGAUCAACAAUCUGAAGGGCCAACCUGACUAUGACGAGUUCAUCACCUUGGAGGGCUCAAGGAAAGCACGCAACAUGUUCACAAAGCACAUUGCACAACUGAAGCAGGAGCACAUCAAGAGGCGGAGGGAAGAGUACCUGACGACACUACCCAAAACCCUUAACAACCUCCUCAAUAACCUGGAGGAGGUCGAACACCUCUCAUGGCCUGAGGCACAGAGUGUUAUCCGGAACCGGGCUGAUUUCCAGUACUGGUUUGUCGUUCUGGAACAAACGCCAUGGGAUGAGACAGACCACAUUGACAUCAGUGACCGCAGGAUACCCUUUGACCUCCUCGACACACCUGACGGUGAGAGGAUUUACCACAACCACGUCCAGCACUUGCUGUCUGAGAAGAGAAGGGUGGAGAUGAAAGAGAGGUUCAAAAAGACGUUGGAGAGGGUUCACUUUAUCAGUGCGGGGCAGCCUUGGGAGGAAGUCAUGUGCUUUGUCAUGGAGGACGAGGCCUACAAGUACAUCACAGAAUCAGAUAGGAGGGAUGUUUAUUGUAGACACCAGCAGGAAAUAGUUGAAAGGGCCAAAGAGGAUUUUCAGGAAAUGCUUUUUGAGCACGCUGAGUUAUUCUAUGACUUGGAUCUGAAUGCCACCCCCAGCUGCGACAAGAUGAGUGAGAUUCACAGUGUGCUGAAUGAGGAACCCAGAUACAGAGCACUGCAGAAACUUGCCCCAGAUAGAGAGUCGCUCCUCCUCAAACACAUUGGCUUUGUUUACCAUCCCACUAAGGAGACGUGCCUGAGUGGGCAGAACUGUGUGGAUCUGAAAGUGGAGCAGGUUUUGGCAAACAGGCUGGUGCAGCUGGACCACGGACGCUCUAAUCUCUACUACAACAGUGCCAACAUCGAUAAGAUCAACCUCUGCCUCCUGGGAAGGGAGGGUCUCUCACAGGAACUAGCCAAUGAGAUCCGAGCUCAGUCCACAGAUGAUGAGUACACCCUGGAUGGUAAAAUUUACGAGCUGGAGCUUCUUCCCGUGGAUGUCAAUUCCACGCUGCUUUUCAGCCACACGUGGGUCUCCACUUUCAAGCCACAUGGCUGCUUUUGUGUAUUCAACUCCAUAGAAUCCCUCAACUGUAUUGGAGAUUGCAUAGGCAGGAUCAGAGCAGAGAUGGCCCAGAGUAGGAGAGAUAGGUUUGCUCAGCCACUACCAUUCAUUCUAAUCCUGGCUAAUCAGAGGGACAGUGUCUGCAAAAACAUACCCAUCCUGAGGCACCAGGGUCAACAGCUGGCAAACAAGUUGCAAUGCACCUUUGUCGACAUCCCCUCCGGAGCCUUUCCACGUAAAUUCACUGAGUUCCAAGUUAAACAGGGUCUGCGGGCAGUGCUGGAGGGGCUAAAGCAUAACUUUGAUGUCUUGGCGCCACUUCCCUCUAUCAAAGACAUGUCAGAGACCGACCUUAGGAUAGUCAUGUGUGCAAUGUGCUGGGAUCCUUUCAGCGUUGACCUUAUCCUCUCACCCUUCCUGGACUCUCAUUGCUGUAGCGCCGGACAGCCUGGGCAGAGCAACACACUGAUACUGGAUAAGAUAAUCGGGGACAGCAGAAAGAGAAUCCAGGUCACUGUCCUGUCCUACCACACUGCUAUCGGCGUCCGCAAAGAUGAACUGGUGCACGGCUACAUUUUGGUCUAUUCUGCUAAGCGCAAGGCUUCUAUGGCGACCCUGCGGGCGUUUCUGGCUGAAGUCCACGACGUGAUCCCUGUCCAGAUGGUGGCCAUUACAGACAGCCAGGCAGACUUCUUUGAGAAUGAUGCCAUCAAGGACCUGAUGACGGAGGGGGAGCACAUUGCCACAGAGAUUGCUGCCAAGUUUACGGCCCUCUACUCACUGUCACAGUAUCAUCGACAGACGGAGGUUUUUACGCCCUUUUUCAACGAAGUGCUGGAGAAAAGGCCGAACAUCGAGAGUUCCUUCCUGUUUGACAGCUCGUCACGAGAGUGCACCACUGGAGCCAGCGAAGACGUCUUCCCCACCUCGCCACAUAGCCAUUCCCCGGCCUACAACACCUAUUACCCAGAAUCUGAUGAUGAUAACGAGGCGCCCCCACCUUACAGCCCAAUAGGGGACGACGUUCAGCUUCUCCCCACACCCAGCGAACGGGCCAAGUACCGGAUUGACCUAGAAGGCAAUGAGUACCCAGUCCACAGCACGCCUGUUGGAGACCAUGAACGCAACCAUAAAGUGCCUCCACCAGUCCGGCCCAAACCAGUGCUCCCCAAACCUAAUGUCAAAAAGCUGGACCCCAACCUGCUGAAAACCAUUGAGGCUGGCAUGCGAAGCAAUCGCAGGAUGCCACGGGGCCCAAUGACGCACAGCGAGGAUGGGGACCCGUCAGACAACUAUGCAGACCCCGUGGACACCUUGCUGAGGUCCAGGGGCUUCCACAACGACGACAUAUAUGCUGUGCCUGAUGACACACACAGCCGUCUGGUGAAAAUACGAAACUCCUUCGGCGGGCUGCACGGCCUCCACGGAGGAGAGGAAGAGAAUGGAUUUGACAGGAAGUCUCAGACUGGACGGCGGCCGUCAAAAUACAAGCAUCGCUCUAAAAUCCUGUUCAGCAAGACAAAGGCCUACCAAAGACGAUUCCACUCUGACAGUGACGGGGAGGAGACAGGCCCUGCCACGCAGAAAAAGAAAAAGGGAAGAGCCCACAGGGGCAGCGAGGAGGACCCGCUGCUCUCCCCCGCCGACCCCUGGAAGGGAGGGAUAGAUAACCCCGCCAUCACCUCGGACCCUGAGGAGGACAAGAAGUUGAAGAAGAAGAAGCCCAAGACGCCAAAGGAACCGAAGAAGCCGAAAUCUUCCAAGCCCCCCAAGCCCCUGUACCCCCCCACCCGGAGAACCUGGGAGAGCAACUACUUUGGCGUUCCCCUGCAGAACCUGGUGACCUUGGACCGACCCAUCCCACUCUUCAUCGACAAAUGUGUCGACUACAUCGAACGCACAGGUCUAACGACAGAAGGUCUGUACCGCGUCAGUGGGAACAAGACGGACCAGGACAACAUCCAGAAACAGUUUGAUCAAGAUCACACCAUCGACUUCGUGGAGAUGGACGUGGCGGUGAACGCUGCAGCCGGAGCGCUCAAAGCUUUCUUCGCCGACCUGCCCGACCCGCUGAUCCCCUACAACCUGCACCCGGAGCUGGUGGAGGCUGCAAAAAUCGUGGACUACAUCGAGCGUCUGCAGGUUUUGCGAGAGAUCGUGGAGAAGUUUCCUUCUGUCAACUACCAGGUGUUUAAAUACAUCAUCACACACCUCAACAGGGUGAGCCAGCACAGCAAGACCACCCUGAUGACGGCGGACAACCUGUCCAUCUGCUUCUGGCCCACGCUGAUGCGGCCCGACUUCGAGAACAAGGAGACGCUGUCCACCACCAAGCUGAACCAGGCGGUCAUCGAGUGCUUCAUCGUGCAGAGCGACUACUUCUUCCACGGCGGCGAGGUGGCGGAGAGCUCCAGCAGCGAGGGCACGCCGCCGCCGCACUGCCACAACAUGGUGGAGGCGCUGCUCCCGCUGCAGCUGCCCCCGCCCCUGCAGCCGCAGCAGAUCCAGCACACGCUGCACCCCGACCCGCUCAUCUAACGGCACAGAGGAGCAUGCUGGGAAGUGGAGUUUGGGUGGAAAAGAAUCAGAUCGCCCGGCUGCUGCGGCUGCUGAUGAGACACAUCGACGUUUGUUGGAUUAAACUAAUCUGUGCGAUCGGCUCGUCCUCUGAGAUAAAUCCUGGAUUAGAAAAUCACAAUCGGACGUCACCUUUUUUUGGAACUAAUUUUUGGACCUGACUGCCCCUUUUAAUGAUACUGAGAGAUUGAUUUGGCACAUAGCGACAACACUAAUCGUUUAGCAGGGUCUGACUCGGACUAACCCCCCCCUCCUCUUACCUAACCCUGAUGGAAUAGCACACUGGGGUCCUGAGCAGGUUCCCCUUAAACCCCUGUCCCCCUUUCUCCUGCUCAAGAAAAGGGAAAACUUAAAGAGUCCCCCACGACUGCAACUAAACCCCGUUAAGAGAUUUGACUGACUGACUGACUGACUGUUUUUGACAUUUCGGCACAGGAAAACAUUUCUUCUUCUUCUUCUCCUUCUUCUUUUGUUGCCCAGAACUUUUCCCGGUGGAUUUGUGGCAGAAAUAUAACAAAUUGUGGAUUAUUUUUAAUCUCGGGGAGGAGCAGGUGGGCGGAGAGGUUUUAAUAAAUACUAAAAAGAGAAAAAAUCCCCUCUGACCCCCCCUAACGGACAGCACAUGCACGAUUUGUGUCAAAGGUCCCACAUGCCAAUUUCACGUCUGUUUGUUUUAUCAUUUAUUUCUUUUUUUAAAAUAUUUUUUUCUACCCUGUUUGUGUGUUUGUGUGCCUGUGUGAACUGACCUGUGGUCUGUACCUUCUCUGAGAGGGGAAGGAGGGAUUUAGAGGGAAUUAAAAAAUAAAAAGCGUGGACUGACGGACUGUAACGCUCCGUACCAGAGACUUUACUGCAAACCUUCAGACGGUCUCGUCUCUUUAGAGCCUCUGACUCUUCAUGCAAACGACUGACGUCCCUCGCCGAUGACGGCACAUGAGAGGAAACCACUACGGCGGCGUGAUGACUUCCUGUAUGAUGACUUCCUGUCAUGGAGGACGCUUCCCACUCCUUUUGUUUCUACUUUUCGUUCUGUUGGUUUGUUGGAAACUAAAAAUUUGCAUGUCUCUGUUUUUUGCCACUUAGUGAGAUAAAAAAAAACUUUUAAGGUUUAAAGAUAAAAAAAAAAAAUGAAAUGAUGAAACUCUAAAAGGAGCUCUUGUUCAGAUUUGCAUCGUUUUAUCUGAAUCUUUUUUUUUUUUUUUGGUUUAAGGGGAACAUUUCCACAGAAAAACUCUUAUUUGUUUCUUUUCCAUCAUGCAAGAAAUCAACUCUUAAUAUCAUAUUUUUGGUUAUAUGUUGAAUAGUUUUCCCUAAAUAGAGGAAAGAAGUAUAUAUAAGUAUAUAUAUAUAUAAAUCUAUCAGCAACAGAGGUGCUGAUGUAGUGAAUACCACGGGGUACUGGACUGUAUAACCUGUCAGAAGCUAUAAUCAUAUUUCUUUGUGGUUCUGAUGGCGUAAUUGAAACCCAUCUUUUAUUUUGGUGUGUGUGAGUGUGUGGAUGUGUGUGUGUGCAGAGGGGAGGGGGGUUUGAUAACAGAUCUGAUGGUUUUAAUCCUCUUUGGCUCGUCUGAAAGAGAAAGAAAAUCCCUCGUCGCUUCCUUCAUCGAUGACACUUUGAGGCGGAACGAGCCGGAGCCUCAGAAAUCAUUGAAGUGGAGAUUAAAGUUAAUUCAGGAACACCUGAAACUUUUGUUGUGCUGAGCUCCGCUAUCUCUCCUCAAUCCCCCCCGGAGGAAGUUAAACAUUUAUCUCAGUCCUUCAGAUUCUUUAUCUCAAACUCUCUUCUGUCCAUCUGGAUACAAAUAACACAAGAUGAAGGUCAGAAAUGAUGCAUCAAUUACUUUUUAUUCUACAGGUCCAUCAUUUCAUAUCAGAGUCAUUUCUAGGGAUGACUCAGACACUUUUUAUGUCAGAUAAUCUGCAGAUAUAUUCAUCUUUUUCUGUCUCUUAAAUGUGCAAUAUGUAAAUUUCCUCUCAGUCUAAACCAGGGGUGUCAAACUCAAAUACACAGUGGGCCAAAAUGUAAAACUUGGACAAAGUCGCGGGCCAACAUUGAUAUUUAUUGAAAAAAUGGACCUAAACAAGUUCAAACGAAAUGGAACAAGCAAAGCUUGACAUAACUUAAUAUUGCAAACAUGCAAAAUCGAAUAUCAAAUAAAACAAACAAACACAUCAACGGCAUUCAUUUCUUAAAUAAAACUUAAAUAAAAAUCGUUUGUCCCUUUAUUUUAUAUGCGGCCUUCUUUAAAUUUAAAUUUAGCAGUAAUCUUUUUCCACAGGCUAAAAAUAAAUGUAAGAAUAAAAUAACAAUAAUAAACCAAAUGACUAAUAAUAAUAUCCUUCAAUGAAUGUGCAGCCAUUCAAGCCUUGGACUAGCAAGAAAAAGUGCAUAAAGACAACUUUAAUUGUUGCUCAGUUUGCUACACACUGAUCUACUGUGUUCAAGCCAAAACACCAGCAGAGCAUUCUGGGAUUUGUAGUAUUAUUUGCGGGCCAGCUCUGGUUGUCAGUUGGUAUUUCCUCGCGGGCCAAAUAUAAUUAUACUGCGGGCCAAAUUUGGCCCACGGGCCAGAGUUUGACACCUCUGGUCUAAACAAUCUCAGAUUAAAACCGGUUAAAAACACGAGGCUCUGAGCCGGUGUGUGUGCCGCUAAUGUUUUCUCUGGUUGUUUCUCUGAUUUCUUAAGAUCCAGACAUCUGAUAACAAAACCUGCUAAUGUGGUUAAAAAUAUACAGAGAAAAACAACCAAGACGUCAUAAAAAUGUGGCUUUUAACUUGAUUUAAAACGUCAAUUUAUGAAAACUUUUGGUGGCAAACGCAAAGAUCCUGCAACACAGUUAGCUUGAUUAGACUUACUAGUUUGAAAAUUGUUGGAAAUACUUAGAAAAUUAUAAUUAACUCAACAUAUACAGUCAUGGAAAACAUUAUUAGACCACCCUUGUUUUCUUCAAUUUCUUGUUCAUUUUAAUGCCUGGUACAACUAAAGGUACAUUCGUUGCACGAAUAUAAUGAUAACAACAAAAAUAGAGAGACAUUUUUCAUGGUUUUCUUAAUAAUAACCAAAAAAAUUAUCAGAAAAAACAUGUAAAAUGUCUCUUAAGUUAAACUCUUAAGAGCUAUUUUUGUUGUUAUCAUUAUUGAAGAAAACAAAGGUGGUCUAAUAUUUUUUUCCAUGACUGUAUCACAUAGAUAUAGUCAUUUUUAGAUAUUUUAAACAUCUUGCUUAAACUUAAACUUUUCACACAGCUGCUCAUCUGUUUUACUCAAGACACUCAAGGUUCAUUUCAGCAUGUAUUUUAAGCUAAAAGAUCGCAUAAAAUUAUACUUUUUUACCCCAAUAUAAGAUCCAGUAAUUCUGUAUCAUAUCUACACAUCCUUGUCAUUUCCAAUAAGUUUCCUAGAGAGAAAUUUGCAGUUUGCAUUGCAAGAAAGUAUUUAAAAGUGCAAUUUUGAGGUUCUUGUACUUCCCAUCUAAUGCUACUUACUACUUUAACUUCACUACAGUUCAGUGAUAAAUAUUAAACUUUUUACUCCACUACAUUUAUUUUAAGUACAUAUUUUUAAUUUCUAUUAAUGCCACUUUUCCCUGAGUAAAGGAUCUAAUAUACUUCCCUCACUGGAGCUGAUUAUAGAGCACCGAUCGGCACACUUCUAAUCAAUUAAUUUCACUUAAUUGCUGGCAGAUAAUCUUUUAAUCAGGACACAACAUUCAUCUACAGAGAACAAAACACAGUUAUUAGUAAUAGAUGAUUCAAUUAAUUCAUAUUUAUUCUGGUUAAUUGCAGCUUUUCUUUCAAAGAAAUAACUUUUUUGCUUAAUUUAGAACCAAAUAACACAGUUCCUUCCAGUUAAUGUCCCCUGAAAUUAUUCAAAAUAAUAAUAUAAAAACCUGUAUUUCAUCAGUUUUAGUGUCUGUAUUAAUAUUAUGUAUAACUUUUGGUAUAUUUAUAAAAUCCCUGAUUACAAAAAUGUUGGGACGCUGAGUUAAACAUAAAUAAAUGUAGAAUGAAUCAACUUUAGAAUUUUAUCAAAAGUUUAUCAGAUGGAAUAUGAAAUGUAUAUUGUCUUUUUACAGUUUAUUGAAUAUAUUUCAGCAAAUAAUUGCACUCAAUUUUAUGUUUCAGCCAGUGUCCCAACACAUAAAUGUGUUUAAAUCAGGAAUUAUAGUUUUUGUUUUGGUGAUAAAACUCAAAUGAACUCAAACUAAAAGUCUGAAUGAUGGAAUAUAAUUGAAUCCAGAUGUACUGAAGAGACUUUUUGAGGGGAAUUAAUUCAAUUAAAGUGUUUCUAAACUAGUUCAUACGACUUGAGAUGAGAUCUAAAAGGUUUUUUUUCUCAGAUCGGAGGUUUUCUUCCAGGAAUAAAUGAGCUCAGACUGGUUUGAAAAGAGAAUAUCUGCGCUCUCUCAGUUUAUUCUGACGUUUUGAUCGACCCGCCAAAUUAAAAGCCCUCCAUUCAUAAUUGAACGCGCUUCCAUUAACUUCCUAUCUGCUCCUGCUGCAGCCGGUCACAGUGUUGUUUCAUUAUAUUAUUAAUUCAACUAAAAGUUUAUCAGAUGGAUCCUUCAGGGGCUCGUUAUACCCACAAUGCAUCACUCUGCGGGGGAAGAGAGAGAACCAGAUUCUUCUCUCAAAUCUGAUCAGCAGAAGUGACGAGGGAUGAAUCCAAUUAUAGAGAAAUGUCGAGCGGGGUGCGUCCCAUUUCAGACAUGUGUCUCCAGUGUCCUCAGAUUAACAUCAGGAAGUGAUUUUUUGUUUUAAGAUUUAAGCUUUUACUUUCAUUUUUAGUUUGUUUUUUCCCACGAGUGCUGAAACAUUUAGUUUAUCAGCAGAAAGUUGAUCAAUUUUAAUCAUUUUUAGUAAUUUAUUAAGUAAGAAAUGCUGGUUUCAGCUUACCAAUGUUAGAUUUUACUACUUUUUUGUUAUUUUUGUAUCAUUUUUAAAUGUAAUAUUUUAGGUUUUUGUCAGACAAAACAAGGUAUUUGACGAAUUUUAUAUUAAAAAUCCCCCAAAAAGUAAUUGAAACAUUGCUCAGUAAUGAAAAUCAUAAUAAUUUGUGUCCUAUGAAAGCCCAUUUUCACCAGUGUGAUGGAAACAAUUUAAUUUAAUUUAAACUUUCUCAAAACAAUGACUUAGUACUAAUGCUAGAAUAUCUUUUGAAAAAGUUUCUCAUUAUUCUUUUGAAACUAACUCAUUAUUUUGAGAAUAACUCAUCUGUGGAAGGUUUCUCAUUGUUUUAACAUACUAAAUCAUUUUUUUCUUUAUUAUUUUGAGAUACUAACUCAGUAACUUGAGAAUUUAAGUCAUUAUUUAAGAAAGUGUCUCAUUUUGAGAUGCUUACUCAAUAUUUUGAGGUACUAAUUCAUUAUUUACAGAAAAUUUCUUAUUUUGAGAAUAUUGAUGAAGUUUCUCAUUUAAACAAAAAUACUCUUUUGUUAUAGUCACUUUUUUAAAUAAGUUUUAAUUUUUAAAACAAAUACUUAAACAUUUUUCCAAAGUACUAAGUUAUGAAUUGAGAAACCUGAUUAUUUUGACAUACUAAGACAUUAUUUCUAGGAAGCAUGUCAUUUUAAAGACUUCUUUCUCUCUCUCUAUUUUCACUAGACUCACUUUUUAUCCUAUUUUUUUCCUUUUUAUUGGCGAUAAUUGGCCUCCAUAACUUCCUACAACCUCUACUGUAAACAUAACAACCUGAGAGGACAAAGCUUCAAACUGAAGAAAAAAAGGAACAAAGUCAAACGACCCAAAAAUAGAUAAUAUAGUAUAUAGAGUGUCGCAGCGAAGCGAAAUGGGACGUGGCCGAACGCCGUCUCUUUGAAGGACACUGAAGGGGACACGUGUCUGGAAUGAGACAAAACCAGACAUCAUUUUCUUCUGGGGUGUGAAUGUGAGGGGAAAGGGCGUGUUAAAGGGGAUAAAUAUUCAGAAUGGAACGUAGCCAAAAGCCCAUUUUAAGGUUUUAUGAUGUUGGACUGAAGGGCACAUUGAGGAGAGCGAAUGGGAACGGAGCCGAGAGCGUCCUGGUCUCUGUGGGGGGGGGCAGGAGGUUUAGUUUUUGGGGGGGAGGGGGGCUCAGCAGCUGCUAGAUAAUUAAAGAUUAAGCUGUUCGUCUGUAGUUUUUCAUCAAUCAACUUAUUUUUUAUCAUUUUGUUGAUAAGAUCUGCUCUCAUCCAGUCUCUCCGGUGUACAAACCAACUGACUUUUAACGUCAUCCGCUGUGUAUUAUAGUAAAUAAAAAUGAUUUUCAGAAAUGAAAAACUCUAAAACAACUUUUUUUUUCUGUUUUCUCUCCAUAAUGUUUCCAAAUAAAGUUUCUUUUUUUCCAAAA